AUGAACAAUAUGAAGGACGAAAUCGAACUAUCAGAAUCGGAAAUAUCAGAAUUCAUAGAGAAAGAUGCUGUUUGCUGGCAAAAAGCAAAUGAGAUCGUUGAUGAGGAGGCGCGAGCAAAGCAACAUUGUAAACAGAAGAAGAAGAAAAACACGAUCAAGCCCUCGCUAGCCGAAGGUAGUCAUUCGACGGUAGAUCUGGACAAGAUCGAACAAAACACCAGCAUUACAGUCCAAGACCUUGUUCUCACUGCGCAGACAGCACAGAAGGCGCUGGAUGAUUCGGUCAUCGUGGAUAUCGAGCAAGCGAUUGAAGUAACGGCGGACGGUAUACUGCUCGUGGUACAGCAAACGGAGAGAUGGUCUCGAAUGGCUCGUCGCUUCGGACAUCGUAAGAGCGUACAAGACGCUACAAUCCAUCUAUACGUCCAGGUAAUCUACUUCUUGCAGUCUGCCCGUGAGCAUUUGGAGCGGAGCAAGUGGGCCAGGAAAAGAGCCUCCUUCUUCAACGGAGUUAGAGACGAAUUCGUAUUGAAAGUUUCGAAAUUACGGGACGCCGCAGAUCGACUCGACAGGGCAGCCAAUUGGGAAGGUUUUGAGCACAGCAUGGACCUUCUGGGACAAUUAGAAUUUCGAAUCCCUACAGCGACCGAAAGAGCCGUGGUCGAAGCGUUUGACGCAUGUGAAUCAAGAAAGAAAGGAGAAUCUCAAAAGAACCUAGACAUUACUAAGAUACACAGCUACAUUGAUUCAAUGGCGAAUUUCGUUACCGCUCGCCCAUGCAAUUUUGUUGCUGCAGCGUCCGACGCUCAGCCGAAAUGGCUCAAGGAGAAUCCAAAGUACCAGACAUGGCUGGACAGUCAAUCUGCUGGAAUGUUGUGGAUUGUUGGCAAGCUGGGAUGUGGAAAAUCUGUCCUUGCUCAUCAAACCUGGAGACAUUUAUCUGAAACACUACGUACCAUCGUCACCCAUGCCUUUCAAAGCAACGUGUCCACUCAACAACGAGGACCAAACAGUCUUGCAGCCUCCAUUAUCAGCACUCUUCUUCCGAAAUUAUGUCCAGUGGAUGAAUUCGAAGAAAGUAUCCUCAAGCAGCUUUUCAGGCUGCAGAACCAGUACAAAUCGCAAUUGGAAGAUUGUCCCUUUGAUGACCUCUGGCCUCAUUGUGUUUCACUUUUGAGAAGAAACCCUGAGUUCGUGUUAAUAAUAGACGCCCUUGACGAAUGCAUCUUUGACAACAACACGAAGGCUAAAGAAUUUCAAAGUCAUCUAACAGGCGUCUUGGAUGGGACUAAGGGCAAGAUUCUCAUCUUCUCCCGCCCGAACUGCAUGUUCGAAGUCACAAGCCACCCAAACCUCCGCAUAGAUCAGGUCGAGAUCGCCGCAGCAGACACGCAGUCUGAAAUCAAUACCUUCAUUGAUGCAGCUGCAGCUGAACUACCUUUACCAGAGGAGCUCAAGUCACAAGUUACAACUCGUGCAAAACAGUGUUCUGAGGGAUCAUUCCUCUGGACUGACCUAUUCCUGAGGGAGUUUAUCAAAACCAGAGACAUGGCUACAUUUUAUGCAAAUCUCAAUAAUCCCCCAGAUAGUCAUUGGAGCUUCUACACUAAGAUUUGGAAGGAUCGUCUCGGAGAUAUGAACGAUGAUGACAAAUCCAAGUGUCAAGAUAUCUUCAAGAUGCUGCUUGGUGCCCGAAGACAAUUCAACAUCGAUGAAAUAGAAGAUGCCCUUGAUCUCAUCCCAGGGUGUGGGAAUGGUCACUUUCUGAUAUCGACAUUCUGUCAGCCUUUAAUCGAGGUCCAAGACAGCAAGGUGAGGCUGGGACAUGCUUCUGUCAGGGACUUUUUGCUUAGUGAAGAAGUUUCGGGUGUUGGCUUCUCCACCUCAGACCCCGAUGCAACUUUAGCACAAAAAUGUCUGGAGUUUCUUCUUCAAGCCAUCUAUGCCCAACAAGAUCGUAUAGGUCAGCUCUUAAGGAAGAAUCUUGGUGCCGGUACCUCAGACUCCAGCCAGGAGAAGGGCUUCUAUGAAUAUGCUGCUCGUAACUGGUACAAGCAUCUUACAGCACUCUCAUCUCCUGACAAGCGCUUGUUGAAACUUACGGCGAGGUUUAUCCAGUCCCUGCAAUUCGCUCAUUGGGCUGAGUACUCGAUCACGGACAUGGGGGAUUUCCAAGCCAUUAGAUCAACGGAGAUCAGUUUAACAGUUUGGCGAAAAAGGCUCCCGGACGAGGAUAAGCCUUUGCUGCAUUUGGAGGACUAUUUUGGAAUGUCCUACAGAAGUCUCCACAGGAUCUUCCGGGACAAUGACGGAGACAAGGUGUUGCGAUGGUUGGCUCUGAUGCAGCUCGGAUUUUACUAUUUCGACAGGGGAAGGGUGGCUGAAAUGGCAGAUGUUCGUGAAAGGGUUGCCACUGGACUCACUGAACUUCUAGGGCGACGACAUCCUCUAACCCUUCGAGCUUCCUCGGAUGCAGCCUAUAUCUUUCUGUUUAUCAACAAGCUCCGCAAAGCCCAGAGGAUUUAUGCCGACGUAGCUCAUGACCAGCUCAGCGUGGUGUUAGAAAGCGACCCCAUCCCCUACUUUACACUCAUCCUCAAGUCACAAGCCGAGCAUUUAAUGCUCUUGAAUUAUAAAGCAUUAACGACAUUGACGGAUUCCUUAACUGGCUUCAUGAAAACCACAGGUCCACAGAGCAAUGGUUACCUCAUCGCUCAGCUGUGGUACGCGGUCGCCACUGCAUCAGCGGGUCAUAUUGAACAGGCGAUCAAACUGAUGGAGUUUGUACGCGACAAGCGAAAAGAGCAAUACGGUCCGGAAGACUCCUUUGGUAUCGCUACGCAGAUAUUCGUAGGAGAUCUCCACCGGAAAUUAGGGGCCGAAGAGGAAGCGCUCCUGAACAUCAAACCCGGACUCAAGUUUCGACAUGGCUUCUGGCCCAUCUCCCACUUCCUGACACUCGAUACAGCUCUGGUUUUGGCGAUAACAUACAGAGACUUCGGGAAUGAAGAUGGAGCUGCUGAUAUCAUAGAAGAUCUUGAGCAAAAUGCAGAAUUGGACCAAGAUCAGAAUUUUGUCAGGUUAUGUCAAGUCAAGCAUUUGAGGGCCUUGUUGCUUUUUGAAGGUGGCAACCUCGCCCAGCCCAUCCAAAUGUUGGAAGAAUUCCUCAUCAACGUCAACGAAGAGCGCAACAAUAGGGCUCUGCAGUGGAUUCGACUUGAUCUCGCCUAUAUGAUAAGAUAUAGGGGGGAAGAAGGAGAUGAACAUCUAGCAUGUUCCCUCUUUGACGGUAUUGUUACUGAUCAAUCAAAUGAUCCUGACGGUGAGCCCGAUCCACCGCGAUGGCUCGAGAUAGCAGAGAAGGCACUGAGGCUUGUACGGUUUGGGAAGACUGAUAGUGCAAAUGAGCUUCUCAGGGUGGAGAGACUACGCUGGGCUCAUGAGGAGACGUUGUGGAUGUGGCUUGGUGUACCAGCGGCUGAUACAGGAUGGAUGAGAUUGCCCAAAGGCGUUGGGGAUGACAAUUUACAAUGA